AUGUCAACAAAGAAAGAUGUCCAAGCUGGAAAAAUUAUGGACAUGACAAUUCGGAUAGAUAAGAAAACAAAUAAGAGAACUGGGGCCCCGGGAAUUAUUUCUGAGUUGUGGAAGGAAUUUGAUCCUCGCAGAGAGGGCGAACGAGUGGUAACCGAGCAACAACAAGAGUCAUUCUUAGAAGGGUAUAGGAAGAUACAACCAACUGCACAAUUAUUUUACUCUUCAGACGUUGGAGAAUUGCCCAAGGAUACAAUGCCUUUUCAAAUUACAAAAAGAGCGGACAAUUACCUCAAUACAUUAGAAAACAACAUUUCAAAACAGGAUGUAAUAAGUGGGUACAUGAAAAUACUUCCCCUUGAAGAUGGACAGGUAAAAAGUAUUGAAAGUUCCACUAGGCAACAAGCAAAAUCAUCAUGUUGGGUUGAGCAAAGAAAAGGGAGGAUAACAUCAUCAAAAUUUAAGGACAUAUGCAUAACGAUGGAAACAAUUUCAAAAAGCAGGGCAAACAAGAGGCCCAAAACCACGCAUAUGGUGGCAGAGCUUGUGUUUGGCUCUUCAUCUGUUGCUAGUCUCCCAGCAAUCAAGUGGGAGACAGAUAAUGAGGACAAAGAAUUAAGGGAGUUUCAUGCAUUGGCUUUCUCCAAACACGAAAAUUGCAAAAUGGUAAAAUCUGGCCUUUGGAUUUUAAAAGAUAAGCCAUACAUUGCUGCGAGCCCAGAUGGACUCAUGACUUGUGACUGUUGUCAGUCUGCAUGUGUGGAAAUUAAAUGCCCUUUUAGCAUUCGAGAAUAUGCAGUUGAAGACAAAUGGCAUGAAACUGAUUUCUUAGAAUGUGUCAAUAAUAACAUUCAACUGAAAAGAAGCCGCAAAUACUAUUAUCAAAUCACUGGACAAAUGGCUGUUACUGGAAUGUUCAAAACCUUUUUUAUUGUUUGGACCACUCGGAGGAUUUUUGUUGAACUAAUCAAGUAUGACUUAGAAUUUUGGACUCGGUUACUGCAUAAUUUAGAGAUAUUUUGA